UAUGUACAGGAGAUCCGGUGUGUGGCAAUGCCAGCCCCACAGGUGGAUAUCCCUUCUCUCGUGAUUAGCGAAUCGCCUGACUUUGACGAGAAUAAGGAACGGGGCAAUUGGUCCAACAGUCUGGAGUUCCUGUUAUCAUGUCUGUCCUAUGCAGUAGGUCUGGGAAACGUGUGGCGAUUCCCGUAUCUGGUCUACAGGAAUGGCGGAGGCGCUUUCUUCAUUCCGUACACAAUUAUGCUUCUGUUCGUGGGUUUACCCCUAUUUCUGUUGGAACUGGGGUUCGGUCAGUACGCCAGUGAAGGGCCCAUCACUAUAUGGAAAGUGGCGCCAAUGUUUCAGGGCUUGGGUUAUGCCAUGUUCCUGAUGUCGGGCCUGGUGUCCAUCUACUACAACAUGAUCCUGGCCUGGGGCCUAUUCUACCUGCUCAGCUCAUUCACUACAUCCCUGCCGUGGAGGUCCUGCGAAAACUACUGGAACACCGAUGCGUGUCGUAGGUUUGACACCAAAAACUGUACUGGACACAACGGCACAAUGUUGUUCAACGGGACGUGUAUAACCAGGAUGUGUUGGUUCAACACCAAUGGCACGAAUGUGAUCGACCAGAACUGGAACCCCAUAUCACUGAACACAACCAUUUUGGACGCCUCCUGUAGUAUAGCUGACAGCGAGUGGAAUAUCCUGAAGCAACAGAACAGCAAAAUGCCGAGCGAUGAGUACUUCCACAACUUUGUGUUGGGUAUAACGGAAGGCAUACACGAUUUGGGUGGUGUUAGGCUGGAGUUAGCCGGUUGUCUACUGGUCUGUUGGUUCAUCGUAUUUAUAUGUCUGGUCAGAGGUGUCAAAAGUAUGGGUAAAGUCGUAUACUUUACGGCAUUGUUUCCGUAUUUCGUUUUGACAAUUCUGCUCAUAAGGGGUCUGACCCUUCCCGGCGCUGCUGAGGGUAUCAGAUAUUAUUUGACACCCGAAUGGUAUCGACUGAAAGAGGCACAAGUUUGGGCGGACGCAGCCAUGCAGAUCUUCUUUUCGCUGUCACCCUGUUGGGGAGGGCUGAUCACCCUGGCCAGUUACAAUCGCUUCCACAACAACUUCUUUAGGGACACCAUAUUCAUAUCGGUGGGCAAUUGUGGGACCAGUAUUUUUGCCGGUUUUGUCAUCUUUAGUAUUAUCGGAUUCAUGGCUCACGAGAUGGGAGUUGGUGUCGAUCAAGUGGCCGCUCAGGGUAUGCGUCCACUACUCGGCCAUAACUUAUACCAUAUUAAUCUCAAACCCCAUUUGACACUAUUAGGAGCGGGUCUGGCGUUUGUGGCCUAUCCGGAGGCGGUGUCCCGACUGCCCAUAUCUCCCCUGUGGGCCAUCCUAUUCUUCUUCAUGCUGUUAACCCUGGGUUUGGGCACUCAGUUCACACUCAUCGAGACAGUGGUGACCACUAUAGUGGACACGUGGCCCGAGAAGUUCAGACACCGGAAGCCGUUGGUGUUGGCGGCCACGUGUGGGUUCAUGUAUUUGGUUGGACUACUCAUAUGCACGAAGGCUGGCAUGUAUAUCCUGCAGCUCAUGGACAACCACUGCGCCAGUUUCUCGGCUCUGAUCAUCGGUUUGGUUGAAGUGGUGGUCAUCGGGUGGGUGUACGGCGUCGACCGGUUUUUGGAGGACAUGAAAGUGAUGUUAGGCCACUACCCCUUCCACCGGCUAUACUGGCGCAUACUCUGGAAGUUUGUCUGUCCCGGACUUAUAAUCUUCAUUCUGAUCUUCUCGUUCAUUGACCUAAAACCGGCCACUUAUGGCGAUUAUGUGUACCCGUGGUGGGCGUCUGUCAUUGGGUGGAUGUUGUCUCUCGUAUCAGUGUCUGCCAUACCAUUCGUGGCCGUCUUGAAGAUCACUAAAAUGAGGGGACCUAUCAUUCAUCGCAUUAAAGUCCUGAUGCGUCCCACGUCGGACUGGGGCCCUAAACUGCAGUUACAUCGCAUGGAGACCCACAGUCCCAAACACACGGACAGUCAGGUGCCGCUCAGGUAUGACGCGGACAACGACAGCAACGACUCGGACGACCUGAAAAUGAACGGAAAGGAUAACUACAUACUGGCCGACGAGCCCAGCGAUAGCGACACCGGUUUGCGGUUAAAACUGCCCCUAUAUCACAGCGAAACGGGACUUUAGUACACAAUUUAGGGGA